AUGAGGAAAAGUCUGGAUCCCUUUAAUGAGCAUACAGAUGAGGAACUGUGGAAUGCCUUAGAAGAGGUACAACUUAAAGAAUUAAUUGAAGGUCUUCCUGCUAAAAUGAAUACUGAAUUAGCAGAAUCUGGAUUGAACUUGAGUGUUGGUCAGAAACAACUGGUGUGCCUUGCCAGGGCUAUUCUCAGGAAGAAUCAGAUAUUGAUUAUUGACAAAGCCACAUCAUAUGUGGAUCCAAGGUGUACUUCAAAACGAUACAGCCAGAUAUUACUCACAGUGACCGUGUGGUUAUGA